CAUUGCUACCAUUGGCACAAGAUGAUUCUACAUAGGGCUAUCUUGGUACUUGCGUGGACUUUGCUGCUGACGGCGUCAGCAGACGCUCAAAGCCUCUUGCUGCGUAAAAUUCUGGCCAACCAAGCAAUCAACGCACAAGCCUUGUCAAAUCUUUAUCAAACCAUCGGAAACCUAAAUUCUUUGAAGGCGCCGUUUUUGAACCCAUUCUUCAAACCAUUAAUUCCAAUGGUUCCUCCAUUGUUUGCACCAGGCCAAGCUGUUUUUCCUCCAGGUUUUCUCCCAGUACCUUUUGGACAAAUACAAGGAUUUCCAGGACAAGUUCCUCAAGGAUUUUUCCUUCAACAAGUGCUAGGACCACCAGGGCAGGGUCAAUUCGUGUUUGUAGGAGGACAGGGGCCACCGCCACAACAAGGUGGACAAUUCCCGCCAGGUCCACCAGAAGGAACAUUCCAACAAGGGGACUAAAAAAAAUCCUACUUGCCAAAGUAAGCGAUGAAAAAAAUCAUUUGCAGAAAAUAUUAUUUAUUUUGUUGAAAUUUGCAUCAUAAUUAAAAUAGCAAAUAUUGUCCACAGUAAACUUUUUUAAUGUAGAAUGUUAUUGUUUGAAAAAUCUGUUGCCUAUUUAUGCCAGGAUAAAAGAAAAUAAAAUUUAAGAUUCGUUAAUCGACAAA